GACGCAUGCGCCCUAGUUUGCGCCCGGGGAAUUAAAAAGAGUAGGGAGAGAAAGACCGAGAAGGAAAGAAAGAAAAAAGCCGGAGAGAAAAGCCGCACCAGCCACCCGCGCGCCCUCCACGCGCCCCUGUGCGUGAUGCGCACCGCCCCGGCCCCGGCCGCCGCCGUCCGCGCUCUCCAUGGGGCUGGGGCGCUGGCUGCGGAGCGCCUGCUGCUGCCCGUGCCCGUGCCGGGACGAGCCCGCGCUGCCCGAGAAGGAGCCCCUGGUCAGUGAUAACAACCCGUAUUCCUCAUUUGGAGCAAUGCUGGCCCGGGAUGAUGAAAAGAAUUUAUGGAGUCUUCCUCAUGACGUGUCCCACACUGAGGCAGAUGAUGACAGAAUGCUAUACAAUUUGAUAGUCAUUCGUAACCAGAAGGCCAAAGACUCAGAGGAGUGGCAAAAACUCAACUAUGAUAUCUAUACCCUGAGGCAGAUUCGGAGAGAAGUCAGAAACAGAUGGAAAUGCAUUUUAGAAGAUUUGGGUUUUCAAAGGGAAGCGGACUCGUUGUUGUCGGUGACCAAACUCAGCACCAUGAGUGAUUCUAAAAACACAAGGGAAGCUCGAGAGAUGCUGUUAAAGCUGGCUGAAGAAACCAAUAUUUUCCCAACCAGCUGGGAGCUCUCUGAGCGGUAUCUCUUUGUUGUGGACCGUCUCAUUGCUCUGGAUGCAGCAGAAGAGUUCUUUAAAGUUGCUAGUCGAACUUACCCCAAGAGUUGUGAGGUUCCAUGCCUGGCAGUUGGCCAGAAAGAACCACACUGCCUUCCAUUUCCAAGUCCUUAAGGAGAAGCACAGAAGCAGAAAGGGAAAUUUCCCACUGGGAUGCAACAGCUAAGCAAAGCUGGACGACUGCAAAGUUGGAUGGGGAGCGCUUGCUGUGUGAAAUGGAUUCUGAAUUCUGUAUAACACAAGGUCUUCAUGAGGACCUUAUUUAUGAAGUGUUCAUAGCUACAUUGAAACACUAGAGUGAUAUUACUUUCUAGAAAGAAAGUAAAAGAGCUUCUUAGGGGAAGAGUUCUUGGAUGACCAGAUAAAAGGCCUCAUUUUGCCCAGCUUUGGUUUUAAUGGUACAAUCAGUUCUGAUCAUUCAGCCUAUGAUGGAGUGGGUUAUCCUAACUGGUAAAAUAAAAUGGUUACCAAAGAGAGUGAUCAGUUGGGUGCUGGUGGCUCACGCCUGUAAAUCCUAGCUACUCAGGAGGCUGAGAUCUGAGGAUCAUCGUU